AUGGCUGACCAAGGUGAGGACGAUCCCGAGCUCGCAACACUUACCGCACACGCCGACGGAGAUCCCCCACAAGCCAUAGUGGCCAGACCGCCUGCGCAGAAGCGGCCAGCAGGAGCGAGCGAGGAUGAUUAUAGACUGAAAGCUCUACCUUUUGUCCUAAAGGGAGAGGCCAACACUUGGUUCAUGCGCCUGCCAGCCGACUCUAUCAAUACAUUGGCCGAUUUCAAGUCAGUUUUCCUAGCCGAGUUCUUCCCGUCUUCAAAGACAAGCGCAUUAAAGAGGAAAAUAUCGUGCAUAAGGCAAGAAUAUGAUGAAACCCUGAGCGAGUACAAGGAGAAGUACAUGAGCCUUCUGGAGUCAUGCCCCAACCAUCGCAUGAAGGAGAUAGAGGUGCACCACACCUUCUAUGAGGGGAUGAACAAGGAAACCAAGGAUCUGGCGAAUUCAUCAUCUGGAGGUGAUUUCACCCAGUUGAGAGUAAGUGAAGCCAAAAAGGUGUUACGCAAGCUGUUGAAUGCGAAGAAGACGUACGACAACGCGAGAGAUGGGUACAACAGAGAAAGGGUAGCGAAACACUCCACCACCUUCUCCGACUGGAGGCAAGAAGCCCCAGAACUACCAUAUGAUCAGCCGGACAACUCGCUGGAUGUGGAGCAAGCAAAUGCCGCAGGAUACUACAAUUCCAACGGCAAUUGGAUUCCGGGGAAGCAAAGGGAUGCACCAUGGACGGACCACCAAAAUUUCCGAUGGGGAGAUGGAAAUCAGAAUCAGAACCAAAAUCAGGCUCCAAAUCAACCCAACCCCCACCCGAACCAAAAUCCCAACCGUGGCCCAACAAACCCUGACUACCAAUCUAACUGGCGAAACAACCAAACCCAGAACCAGAACCAAAACCAGAACCAAUUUAACCCAGGGCCUCAACAUAACACCCACCACCAAAACCAAAGUCAGUACCAGCACAACCACGACCAGUAUAACCCUCCUGCCCAGUAUAACCAGUACCCACAGAACCAAAACCAACAAAAUUUCUCAGGCUACCAAUCAAACCCACCACCUCAGUAUAACCAGCACCAGAGCUCAAACCAAUUCCAUCACCCAAACAAGUCGAGGAGGUCUAUGGAGGACAUGAUGGGGGAGAUGCUUGCCUCGCAGCAAAGCAUUAAAAAUGACUUGCAGUCCAGUAAUGAAACAAUGCAAGGAAUGCAAAGUGCCCAGAAGGAGCAUAGGGCAAAUAUGGAUAUGAUGAACAGGCAGUUGGCCCAGCUUGCUAACUCGGUGGGUGAAAUGAAAGGGAACUCAGGGAAACUCCCAUCUACAGUCCAUGUACCUGAAAAGGCAAAUGUGAGCAAGAUUACACUGCGGUCCGGAACAGCUUACAAUGGACCUCAACUCAAGAACCCUGUUGCGGAGUCUAGUAGAGAAAGAGUGCUGAGCGACACCAUCUCAGCAGAAGAACUCAAGAGGCCUCUGCCUCAGAUAGAGGAUUGA